AUCAGCUUAAAAUAUCGUAGUGGAAACAAACAAAUUGCUCCAAGAGAAAACAAAGCCAAAAGAAGGAAAAGGAUAAACAGUGUUGACUCCACUUCGAGUCCUCUCUCUCCCACUGCCGCAGCGGCCUCAUCCCCCUGCAGAAUCCAUAACCCAAAAAGCCAUUUUUUCUGACCCAAUGCUCCCCUCUUCCACCCAAACACCCUUCAAAAGUCAUUAAAGGCCUUCCUUAUUCCCUUCCCUGAGAUGCUAAUCCGUCACUUUAUUCUCGUCUUCUUCUACUUCUUCUUCAAUCUUCUUGAUUUGUAAACUCGCGCUCGCAUACACCCGCUGCUACGUAAGUGGAAAUAGCCGGACUUUAUGGAUUCUUUGGCACUGGAUGAUAUAAUCAAGAGGUUGUUGGAUGUUAGGGGAAGACCAGGAAAGCAAGUUCAGCUCUCCGAGUCUGAUAUCAAGGAGCUGUGUAUGCGUUCCAAGGAGAUUCUACUGCAACAGCCCAAUCUUCUUGAACUCGAGGCCCCCAUCAAGAUCUGCGGCGAUAUUCAUGGCCAGUAUUCUGAUUUACUAAGGCUCUUCGAAUAUGGCGGCUUACCUCCGAAAUCUAACUACUUGUUCUUGGGUGAUUAUGUGGACCGUGGGAAGCAAAGUCUAGAAACGAUAUGCCUCUUGCUUGCUUACAAGAUAAAGUAUCCCGAAAACUUUUUCCUUCUGAGGGGAAACCAUGAGUGUGCUUCUGUUAACCGUAUAUACGGAUUUUAUGACGAGUGCAAAAGGAGGUUCAAUGUCCGGUUGUGGAAAAUAUUCACCGAUUGUUUUAACUGCCUGCCUGUGGCUGCACUGGUUGAUGAGAAGAUAUUGUGCAUGCAUGGUGGGCUUUCUCCGGAUCUGCAUGAUUUGGAUCAGAUAAGGAACCUACAAAGACCUACGGAUGUACCUGAAACUGGUUUGCUUUGUGAUCUGCUUUGGUCUGAUCCGAGUAAGGACGUGAAAGGGUGGGGUAUGAAUGAUAGGGGGGUCUCCUACACUUUUGGUCCCGAUAGGGUGACUGAGUUUCUUGAGAAACAAGAUCUUGAUCUCAUUUGCCGUGCUCAUCAGGUUGUUGAAGAUGGAUAUGAGUUUUUUGCUGACAGACAACUUGUAACGAUAUUUUCAGCUCCUAAUUAUUGUGGGGAGUUUGACAAUGCGGGUGCCAUGAUGAGCGUUGAUGAGACUUUGAUGUGCUCUUUUCAGAUAUUAAAACCUGCUGAAAAGAAGCCAAAGUUUGGAUUUGGUAGCACAACGACGACUAAGUCAGGUACCCCUACAAUGAAAGCAAAGUCAUUUCUUGGUAGAGGAUGAAGGAAACGUGGGCAGAAGGAUUCUGGGGAGGGCCUAACCCCAGAAUGGAUACAGAUAUCUCUUCCCAGAAGUGAUGUAAUGAUUUGUGUUGUGUUCUUGCGUCUGUAAAAAUAUUAGCCAUAAGCCGGACCGUACAAAUGGUUUCACUGACCCUUUUUAAAGCACUGAAAUCGUAAAACCUAUUCAUGAUUUAAUCUUACUAUGCAAAAAGUUUGUAGCUAUAACUCCUACUACAUAAGCCAUUGUGUUAGUUUUAUUAUUAUCCUCUAAUAGGUGGCGACAAUAAUCCAAUAUGGAGUAAUCUAAGACUGAUUUAUACUCCUUUUACAGUUCUG